AUGACAGGUGUUCUUAACUACCUGGUGACUGACUACGGUCGUCAACUGGAUUUCUCCAAGAGUCUCCAAAACACUGUCAACAUUAAGCGACUAAGCCUCAAGAGGAGGCCUCGAGCGGCCGACGGCAAUGCGGAAAAAACGCAAAGCGGCAUUUCAUCGGGCCAGUGGCAUUCUGCGGAGUCCCUGUCAUCCUUCAGCAAUGAUGACACAAGACUCCUGGGUCGACCUCCACUUCCUCCACCGCAUGGAUCCACGGCCGAUAAACAUUCUUCCAGAAAUGACGGACCGGAUCGCAGUGGUGAAUUAAAGUCCUCGCCGGCUGCGAGAGCUCCUUCUUUGCAAAAACAAAACCCUUUGUUGGAGCAGACCAUUGCUGAGCAACACCUACAUUUGGAGCAGGAGUCAACAAGCAACUCUCUUGGUAUCCGCCGCCGACUGGCCAGCUUUGGUGGCGUGAGCUCCCCUGGUUCUCUCUCUCGCUUCACCGGUUUGGGUGCUUAUGACGACAACAACAAGGGUGGCAAGGCUUCUGGCAUCAGCAGCGAUACGGAUGGACGCCUUGGCUCCUCCCUGGGAGGCAGAGGCAGCACAGGCUGCCUCCGGUCGAGCCCUCAGGGAUCCGGAAGAAGCACGCCGGUUUCGAGUCUCGGCCCCACGCAACUUCUGAAUGUCCGUGAUCAAAUGGUAGUGGCUCUGGAGAAGCUGAGGGAGCUGGAGGAGCAGGUGAAGAUCAUCCCCUUGCUCAAGGUGAAAAUAUCAGUCCUUCAGGAGGAAAAGAGGCAACUGGCCUCUCAACUCAAGAUCCAGUAUAAGGAGGGGAGUACCGAGGAAGAACUCCAAGUCAAAGAAAAGAGGGACGGCUAUGACUUCAACGACAGAGAUGAGGAGAUGUUGGCACUGGAAAGAGCCAUUAAGACUGGACAUUAUCCAACAUGGCAAGGAAGAAGCCGUUGCCAUGGGAAUGACAAGACACUUGAGGAAGAAGCCAUGAAUGAACACAGUCAUACAUCCAUUGCACCGCAAGUUCAACUUGGACGCAGCCUGGAAUUAGAAGCAGAGAUUCAAACCCAACAACAAGUUAUCGCUGCCCUGACGCAGAAAACCGUUCACUUGGAAGCCCAUUUGAAAGAAUCCUCUCUCCAGGCUGAGAUGAGCCGUCUGAAACUGGAGCUUCAAGCUGCGGAAGCUAGAAACCGAGUGGACAAAGCCUCCUCCGCCAGGCCGUCCACUGCCAGCUGCAGCACCGAGGCGAGGCCUGACACCAAAAGCCAAGGGGUCGGCAACCACACUGAGCUCAAAGAUGCCGGCACGGGGGAUGCUAUACAGGUGAAGAGCGUGGCUGUAUCGUGUUGUGGCCCCGAGUUGAAGAAUGUCUGCAUUGGCCCAGAUCUCGCAAUGAGCCGCUGGGAGGUUAGAGAGCGAGCGGAAACCAGAGAGAAGGGCGUGGGGGUCCACGUUUCGACUAACUCCCAAGGAGUCGGAGUGGAAGUGAAGCUAAACGAUGCAGAAAGCAACACGCAGGUACCGUGGCGGAAUUUGGCGCGUAAAGAAGUCAAGUCAGUCGCAUGCGGCGACUGUUCUGUGGAUGUAAUCAUCCGCCAGGCAAAGGCCACGGUUUCUCGGGGCGUGGCAACAGAUCCGGUCAAAGGGUUAGCUCUUGGACUCGUGGCGUCGUCUCAGACAACGUCCCAGCGUACCAACACUGCAUUCAGCUCCGUGUCUCGUUUCACAAACACAAGACAAGCCAUCAGCAUGGACUCCGGCGCAAACACCGUCCUCAGAAGCCAAAACAAGCACACCAACACUACCAAGGUCGCUGCGACCAGGACAGCAUCAGUCGGCAACAGGGCCAAAGACGUCAAGUGCAUCCUGAAGACACGCACAGUUGGUGUGGGAACCAGCCCCCUGGAAGAAAAUGUCCCUCAACCAAAUACCAGAGACUUCGGUGUUGGAUUCACAAGCAUUCAUGAGAACUUCCUGGUCGGCCUCAAAACCCAAAACAUGGCCUCCGGACCAUCCCAUCUACCUGACCCAGUGAAGACGAGGAGCAUUGGCGUCGGGGAAGGGAAGAUACGGGAUCUGUCGGGUUCGAACGGUGCAGCCGGUCAGCAGAUUGCAUCGUCUCAGUGCAAUUCAGAGGUGGACAGUCGUGUAGAAAAGAUACCGGCAGUACUCAAGUCGUGCAGUGGCCCUCAAACUGAGGGUUUUGCUGAGCGGAAAACCAGCUCAUCACAAUCAGCCAGUAACAAAGAUGCACCUCAAGGAGGUCCAUUGGAUUCAGUCGACAGAGAAAUUCAACUGCCUGCUGACUCCUGCAAGUCCUGUCAGCAGGGUGGCUGCGACUCCGAGGUGAAAAGAAUGAUACAGCUUUUAGAACAACAGACAUCAUCCGCCGUGAGAGAUGGAUCAACACCUUUCGGUGUCCCGCGCAAGGCCAUGAAGAAGGAAAACGGCGAGCAAGGCUGCAGCAACACAAGGAAAAACCUGAGGUUCAUGAAGGCGGCCAGCGGGUUGAACCCGCCUCACAAGCUGCCUGCCGCUGACAACCCGGACGAGGCUCCUGUGGACGUAACCCCGGCGAGGCGUCUCAGAGGUGUCAUCGCCAGCAAGGCAGCCAAAGGGUCUGCAAAAUCACAGAUCACCAAGCGGUGCAAGUUCAGCGAGAAGAUGAUGUCGGCUUGCCAGGCCUUGAAGACGCACCUGAGUGACGGCAAGCGCUUACCAAGCAGGGAGCUGCGCGACUGCUUGCAGACGGUCCAGCAGGAGUGGUUCUCCGUGUCCAGCCCCAAGUCGGCUUCGGUCGAGUCCGUGGAGGACUACUUGUCCGGCUUCCGCGUCAUCUCGCCCUCGCUGCUGCGACACGUCGCCAACAUGGCCGACGGCAACGGCAACACGGCGCUGCACUACAGCGUGUCGCACUCCAACUUCGGCGUGGUCCAGAAGCUGCUGGAUGCCGAUGUGUGCGACGCCAACAAGCAAAACAAAGCAGGGUACACGCCCAUCAUGCUGGCCGCGCUCGCCGCCGUGGACCGGGCGGAGGACAUGAGCGUGGUGGAGCAGCUCUUCAAUAGAGGCCACGUCAACGCCAAAGCCGGCCAGGCCGGUCAGACGGCGCUGAUGCUGGCCGUGAGCCACGGCCGCGUGGAGAUGGUGCGGGCGCUGCUGGCCCGCGGCGCCGUGGUCAACGCGCAGGACGACGAGGGCUCCACGGCGCUGAUGUGCGCCAGCGAGCACGGCCACGCCGCCAUGGUGAAGCUGCUGCUGGACCAGCCCGACUGUGACGCCGAGCUGACUGACAGCGAUGACAGCACGGCCUUGUCUAUUGCCUUGGAGGCGGGACAUAAUGACAUCGCCGUGCUUCUCUACGCGCACGCCAACUUCUCCAAAGGACACUCUGAGGCGCCUCACUGUGGAAGAUCGUGAUUUGUUUCUUCUGGAUAAAACUAUCGCAACCAGGAAUUUGCCAUUUCCUAUUUUAGCAUUUAGCCAAAUAUUCUAUAUAGGAUUUGUGUUGGCUUGAGUACAUAAACAACGCUAAUAAAUGUCACUAAAUGCAUCUUUUAUUAUAUACUAUCCACAAUCUGUAAUCAUUUGUGAUUCACGCUAAUGAACGCAUAUUCGCGGUUACCCUAUUGCAGAUUUCCACUGUUGGUGGUCGGGCCUGGUCCUUAUCCCCCGUGAAUAGCGGGGCUCCGCUGUGAACAGAACGACUCAAAUGAAUCCACAAAGUCAUAAAACAAAGCUCACGGCAUGCUAGCUUCAUGUACGAUCAUAGAGUAAAUGCAUUUUCUACCUUUCGCGAGUUAUCCAUGACAACCGCCACCUUGCACAAUAGAAAUAAACAGAACGAGUACAAAUGA